AUGACGGACAACAGAAAAGAAGAAGAAGAGGAGGGGGAGGAGGAGGAGGAGGAGGAGGUGACCUGUGAGCCCCUCCCCCCUCCCCCCUCCUCCAUCGCCGUCGAGCCGGUGAUGUCACUGAGGAGGCAGGACCUGGUGUGCAUCGUGUGCUUCGGCGGUUACGACCUGCUGACGCGGCUGCCGCGGCGCCUGCACUGUGGCCACGCCUUCUGCCAGGCGUGUCUGAAGAGGCUGGAUACGGUCAUCAAUGAACAGGUGUGGAUCCCGUGUCCUCAGUGUCGGCAGAACACGCCGAGACCCCGAGGAGGCGCAGCAGGUCUGGACCUGGACCUGGCCUCCUUCCUUGGAGUGAAGGCCCAGCAGACCUGCACCUCCUCCUGCUCCCUGUCCUCCUGGAGCUCCGGCCGCCGGGAGGGGGCGCCGCCCACAGCUGCAGCCCGGGACGGGGAGCUGUGGCUGGGAAAGGAAGUUGCGGACGACGGCUGGUCGCACGGAGGUCUGGCUGAACCUCGCUUCCAUCGCUACGGCAACUGCUGCCCACCAGCGUCCUAUUGGCUGUGCUGCUGGUUCUGCUGCCCGGGUCGGGGCUAGGACCGACCAAUGAGAGCGCUGCCUGCGUGUUUGUUUAUUCUGCUGAGUGGUGGAGAUAUUUAAAUAAACAUGAAACGUGUUCAUUCAUUUAGAACUGAAGAAUAAUUAAAAUAUUUACAUUAGAACUGUUAUAUAUUGAUAUUAAUAACCCUGACCAAACAUACAAUGAACAACAAUAAAUGUCUUAAGGGGAAUAAAGACGAAGCUGCUGAAAAACAAAUAUUUAUUUUUAAUUACAUCUUUUACAAAAGAAGACAAGCUGAAGAAAUAAACAGAAUAAAUUCAUAUUUACAUCACUGUUUCAUUCUGACCAAUCACAGGCCUCCUGCUGAGUG